AAGUGUUUGUUUUGUCUGACAGUUUCUCUCUAUCAGAUAUUUGUUUUAAUCUUUGGUGAAGAAGAUGGCCAUCGGUAUUUAGUCUAAUUCGUCUUAUGAAUGUGCUUUGUGACAGUUACUUAAUGCUUUUCUUUGUUAUUUAGUGAAUAACAACUAGGAAUCUAUUACUAAUAGCCAUUUAUUUGCUUGAUAUAAAUAUAUUGAUUAGUGUUUCUGUCUUUGGAAAUGGAUAACUUUAACUCAGUACCGAUACAAGAACCUUCCUUUCCAACAGAAGCAGAAGUUUGCUCUUAUUUUCAUCAAGAAGAAUGGGUUGUAAUGACUGAAUUUGAAAAAAUGUCAUUUAGGAAUAUAUUCCAUAACUAUAAUAUGAUGAAAGUAUUAGGUUUGAAUCCUGAGAAGCCACAGUUUAUGAUUCACAGCUCUCAGAAGCCUUCUCUUAAGAGAAAAGAGGGCAAGAGUAGCGGUCCUGUCCCAGGAAAGAAGACACACCAAGAAAAGUCAGAUACAAAAGCUACCAUUAAUGACAAAUCAAAAUAUGAAGAUGCUGGAACCAUUCAUACUGCUCUCAAAAAUAAGAUUCAAGUGCCAAGCACAAAUCACAAGUAGAAGGAUAACAAUCACAUAUCACACUAGCACAGACUACAGUGGGAUACUAACAAGAAUGAUGAUGUCGGCUUUUUCAUCGGCCUCGUAGUGUCAUCUGAAACAAUGGGACAGGAGGGCGAUGGUCAUAAGGGUGAAGGAGUAAAGGAGCAUCCAAAUGCAUAAUGUAUUCAGUGAAGUAUUACAAGUGUACCUACGCUGCAAUACCAUAAUCAAAGGUAGUUACUUUGACCAAAAUAUGCCGAGGAGAAAGACAAUCACAAAUGCUAUAAAAAAGAAAGAGGUUUGCAUUGAUAGUAAGAGUGCAAAAAAUAGAUUGAGUUUGGAUACUGAAGUAUUGAAAACACAAAUGACAUCUGAUUCUAAUAUAGACAAACAUGCAGGAACUGAUAAGAAAAUGCAUAGCGAUAAAG